AUGCGUGAUGUGCCCGCUGUGCGACUCAACACUGAGAGUGCGGAUUCUGCAGCAGCGUCAGAGCGAGAUGCAGCUGCAGAGAAAGUGGCGGCUACACUGGCCACCCAAGGCUUUUGCCUGGUUGACUGUGGCUUCAAGGACAAGAAAAAGGCGCUACUGUCACAAGCUCGAAACGACUCGCAAGAGAUGGACCAUUGGUUCUAUCGACCAGAGGAGCUGAUCUUCACAGGCUUGUUUGGAGAUGAAGGCUCUGCACGAAUCUGUCCAUUGAAUUCUCCAGAAGAUCUGAAAGAAGGUCUCAAAGCUUUGGACCAGGAGAUCACGGACCUAGCUCAGGCGACAGCUCCUUUCUUGUCCUUUAAGUUGGGCCUGCACAUAGCCUCCCGUGCCCGUGCAGUUCUUCAUGAAACCGGUCCACUCGAAGGGGUCAUUGAAAGGAUGACAGAAGACGAGGCCUACGCAUGGCUUCUAGAUUUUCGUUUUGGCCGAGUGAUGUGCAUCAUAUGCGUCGGUCCAGGCUAUGGUGACUUUCAGUUGGAGGCACAUGAGCCUUCAGGUGAGCCGGGUGAGCCUUCGCCACCCAUGAAGCCUCUCAAGGUGGCCUCCUCCCCUGGCACGGUGCUUUUGGUUCGCUCAGACAAACUCAAAAUUCGGCACUUAUGUCGAAAGCGCUGCUUCUUAUUGAGCUGCAACUUUCAAGCUUCUGCAGCAACGAAUAUGCGGCUGCCAGCCAACCCUUGUGCAGAAAGAUUGCAGGAAUGGUUGGACGCCCGCCUACGCCACCUCAAGAAUGCUGAGACAGAUGGCCGUCGUGCAGAUUUGCCGCGACAUCUGCGUUUGACGAUGAAUCGCCAAGGUUUCAAAGGGCAGUAUAUGGCUGCAAGAGGCAUGGCAAGCCGGGUGGCUCCAUGUUGGGGUCCUGAGACCUUCUGGUGCGGUGCUGCGUCUGGGUUGGAUACCAUGUUGGAGGUGCCACUAAUGCGGUGGGAUCAUGAAAAAGUCUAUGACUCUGAUGAGAAUGGUUGGAGACUCUACAAAACCUUUUCCAGGCACUUGUCAGUCGUUGAGGGUGCUGAUCUCUUUGACAACAAGAUGUUCGGCAUCACGCCUGCUGAGUCAAGAAUUAUGGACCCGCAGCAACGAGUUGUUUUGGAAGUAGGCUAUGAAGCUCUCUUUUCAGCUGGAUACAAGAAAGGCCGCAUCAUGAACUCUUUGGGUGGCAUGUAUUUGGGAUAUGGCGUUGGCAAUUCUGACUUUGGCCACGUGGAGCGUGCUGGCGACACAGCUGCCGAGGGAUCCUUUGGUGCGACCGGUGGCAGUGCAGCCAUCACUGCCAAUAGGUUCAGCUUCUGCUUGGGAAUGAAGGGCCCAAGCCUUGCUGUAGAUGCAGAGGACGCGUCUGGGCUGCUAGCCGUGCACAUGGGAUGCGAGGCAUUGCACAGCAAAGGGCGGGCACAGGCAAACGAAUACUCUGUUUGUGGAGGCAUCAAGUUGAACUUGGCUUUCUUCUACUGGCCGCAAAGGCAAGCAGCAGGUUGGUUGUCCAAGACCGGCCGAUGCUUGACCUUUGACAACAAUGCUGAUGGUUGGGUACAUGGCGAUGCAGCGGUGAAUGUGGUUGUCAAGACGUUGAGCGACAAUGUGGAUGGCCAAAUUGUGGUAAAGGAAAGUGAGCCUUUCCUCGCUUCCCUUUGUGGCUCUUCUGUUCGACACACAGGCUUUGGAGCAUCCUUGUCGGCAUCCCAUGGUCCCACGGAACAAGAGGUGAUAUCCACAGCAGUUCAAGCUGCGGGGCUCACAGGUGUUGACAUCGACGCCUGCGAGACAUAUGGCAUUGCAAACAUGCUUGCUGACCCCGUGGAGGUGAACUCUGUGUCAAGGGUGCUGAGACUUGCAGAUGAUGAUGAUGAUGAUGCGCCACUUCUGCUCCGGGCCUCAAAGACGGCUAUGGGCAAUGCGAUGCAUGCAGGGUCGGCAGUGUCCUUGAUGCAUGCCAUUCUUGGAGCAGUAGCUGGCAGCAUCGGGCCCAACUUGCACCUGCAGCAGACCAAUCCCUACUUGGACAUGUCCGAUCUCCCCCUUGACAUCGUCUCGGAGGUCGUGCCCAAUCGAAUGAGCUCGGCAUUUGUCAACUCUUUCGCCCGUGGAUAUGGUGGUACCAACGUGUCGAUGGUGAGCUACGCAGCCAAAGAAAGGAGUUCGUGACAGGUCUUGCCGGGCCUUGUCAGAUCAGCUGCUUGCUGAGCAAUGCUGCGGAAGGUUACUUAGGAUGCUGAUCUUCCAGCGUGAAAGACCUGGUCACAGACAGUGGCAGUGUUAUUUCCGCUUCCGGGUUUCACAGAUUCUGAC